UACAAUUGAAGAAAGAAGGAUGACAGACUCCACUGAGAUUACCCUAAUAGAUGACCAAACUCCACUGCUUCCUCAAACUAAAAAAGAUGAGAUAGAAGAAGAGAGGAAAGUGGAUCAUUUAAUCGACAUAAAUGAAAGAAUUGAUGAAAUGUUUGAGGAUUUAGACAAUUCAUCUAUUAAAUCGUGUACGAUAUUCAAAGUAAAUGUGUGGCAACGUGAAUCAAAUCCAGAUGCUUAUACACCGAAGAUGGUCUCCAUUGGUCCUUACCAUAAGAAGAAUACUCAACUUGGUCCAAUGAAAAAGUACAAACUAUUAUACCUACGACGGUUUCUUCAACGGAAUGAGAGACUUGAUGUGAAAAGUUACAUCAGUGAAAUGGAGAAAGUGAAGGAGGAAGUACUGAAGUGUUACGAAGAUAUAGAAAAGCUUGGUAAUGACAGUUAUGAAUUUUGCGAAAUGUUGUUGUUUGAUGGUUGUUUUGUGGUUGAGUUUAUUCGAGAGUGUUGUGCAAUAUAUCCAGAAGGAGAAGACAAGAUUAUUAAUAUUAAUGAUUAUUACAUAUUCCGAGACUUGAUGUUACUAGAAAAUCAACUUCCUUUCUUUGUACUCAACAAACUUCAUCUCAUGACAAAAAAAGAUGAUGAAUUACCAUUGGCAAUACUGGUGAAUAAGUUGUUUGCCUUUUUUGUUAACUGGCCAAAAAUGACCCUUGAAUCCUUUGGAGAGUCAGAAUAUUGUAAUGCAGAAAAUAUCAAACAUUUACUUCAUGUAGUACACAUGUUUUCAUGUCAUGGGAAUCCUAUGAAAAACUUAGAAGAUUACUUAACGAGUGCUAUGGUCAUGCCAAAUGCAACAGAGCUUCACGAAGCUGGAGUUAGCUAUGCAAAGGUCAGAAAUAUGACAAGUUUAUUUGAUAUAAAGUUCGAGAAUGGAUUGAUGACAAUCCCUUGUUUUCUAGUCGCAGAUGGUACAGAAACUCUCCUGCGAAAUCUCAUUGCUUAUGAGCAACAAUCAUCUGAUGUAUAUCCUACAUAUUUUAGCGAUUAUGCAACUUUCAUGGAUCAUCUUAUCGACUCAGACAAAGAUGUGAAUUUGCUUUGCCAGAAAGGAAUCAUAGAGAACUGGAUAGGAAAGGAUAAAGAAGUUGCUAGCCUCUUCAACAAAAUCGGUAAAGGGGUCACUAAGUAUUCCAACUUCUAUUACAAAGAAGAAAUCAAAAAAGCAAUUGAACAUCGUGAAAAACCAUGGAAUAGCCCUAAAAAAAAAUUACAUUGUAUAUAUAAGGUGAAUUUUCUGGAUUUAUGUGGAUAUAUAUAUUUUGAACCCCCUCAAUGA